AUCGGGUGCGGACAGCUGCGGCAUGCCAAUGAGCUCUGGAUACUGGACACUAGAGCAUCGCCCACCAUAAAUAGAUGCCAUCUUCACUGGGCCGCCACACUCACAAUGGAUCUGCUCAAGAGGAAACUGCUGCUCCUGGUCGUUGGGUUUUGCCUAUGUGCCUGCGUCCGGGGCACUCUGGUCAUCCAGAAAACCAAGCCAGCUCUUCCGGAUCCCAGUCAGCUGCUCGCUAAACUUCCACCCAAGCCGGACUUUCUAAAGGAUCCCAGCCAACUGCUGGCCAAAAUCAUGAAAGCAAAGCCAUCUCUUCCUGAUCCCAGUCAGCUGCUUGCCAAAUUGCCACCAAAGCCGGAAUUCUUAAAGGAUCCCAGCCAGCUGCUCUCCAAAUUCGUCAAACCAAAGCCCGUUUUUGUGAAACCUGUGAUUGUCAAACCCGUGGUGGUGGUUAAACCCGUGGUUGUCGGCGGAGGAGGAGGAGGAGGAGGCGGAGGCGGUGGGCAUGGUCAUGGACACCAUGGACACCAUGGACAUCAUGGCAAGGAUAAGCUUACUUUUUAGAUUACUCUAUGAGAAAGUAUUAUACAAAGGGAUAUAAUAAUGUAAAAGGGAGAUACUUAUAAAACAAAUUAUAAAACUGA